GCGCGCAUGAGGAAGGAAGAGAACGGACAGCGAACUUCACGAAUUUAGUCACUUCUGAAGCGCGCAAUCGAACGGUUUGAAGUCACCAGUGCAUGUGGAUUUGGUUGUUUGGUUCAAACAGUGUUAGCGUGACGGGAAAAAGUUGAAAAAUUAGUCGAAACAGCUGACGCGGAAGGACGUUGUUCCUUCGCAUAGUUUGCGAGCGGAAACUGAAAAUGGUGGAAACCUCGGUGAAAAAGUCAAGUUCGAUGACAAAGCUGAGCGAAAAUGGAAUUGUGAAGAUCAACGGUAGUGAGGCGAGUGCGAGUCCCGAAGAUCACUACAAUCCUUCCGUCAGAAUCCUGCACAUCCCUAAACUGCCGGAUGGCUCGUGUGGCUUUCAUCUGUCCCGCAGCAAGUGGGAUCCAUAUCCAUGGGUCAGUGGAGUAGACGAAGACUCGCCGGCCGAGGUGACCGGGUUGAAGGCCGGUGACUGUGUGUUGGAGGUUAACAAUGAGGAUGUCCUUGGAAUGCGCAUCGCCGAGGUGGCGAACGUUGUUCGGAACAAAUCGGAUGUUGUGACGCUGCUGCUGUGGAGUACCGGUAUGGAGCCGACUUGUAAUCCGGAAUCGCUGUGUUGCGGCCCAAUGCCCAUCAACCUUGAGAGACUUUCGGCCAGCAUGCAGACAAUUGUGGCCGCUCUGGAGUGUCCCGUGUGUCUCGAAACCAUUCCGCCGCCGGUGUUCCAGUGCCAAAAUGGACAUUUGGUGUGCUCGCGUUGUCGAAUACGAUCGGAAAAAUGCGCGGUAUGUCGCGAAAAGUACACUCUCGGCAGGUCUCUGCUAGCUGAGCAGGUCUUCCAAUCGAUUACCGAGGCUUUUAACCUUACCGAGGGCAACGAUGGAAAGUUGAGGGAGAAAUUGUUUGGUGCUAAAUGUGCGAGAAAAAACAGAUGCGGUGCCUUAGAUUGUGAGGUCCAAGCCCCAGCUGCGAAACAGAUUCACUCGCAUACACACAAAUUCCUGGCGAGAAUUAUGGGGAAAGCAUCCUCGGUGGACAAUCUAAGUAGGAAGCAAGUGUGUGAUAUGGGUGAUGAUUUGCAAGGAUUGAAGGGGAAAUCACUCUCGCUGUCAUCCAGUGAAAUAUUUAAGCGUGACAACACAGUAUCUGUCCCUCGGUGUACAUCGGCGAACAGAUUGGCCCCUGAGUUGACGAUAUCCUGCAGUAGCCUUAACACCCGUAGACCGACAUCCUCGCUUUCCUGUAACGUUUCGGCGGAGAGUUUAAGCAGUAUACCGGAAAACGGUAUCCAUAUAACGGUUCCUCCGAAUGUUCAUCUUCAACCGGCGACGUUCUGCUGUCCUUGCGGACAAUAUUGCAGCGAUAGGAUCAAUGCUUCCGACCUGGACCGGCACGUAACCGACCAUCACCGUACGCCAAUCAUCUCAUUUGGGACUGCAACGGCAGAAAUUUUGCUCCCGCCAAGGACACCUGUUGACAACGCUUGCCUGGUGUUGAUUCUCGAUGGUCAUAAAUUUUGGCUGAAAUUAAUCUCAGAUCCGAGCUCUGUCGGGGAUAUUUUCAUCUCGGCACUGGGACAGGGAAGCGAGGAGGACUGCCGGAACUAUGCGCUGGAAGUGGUGAUACGGAAGGCUGGAUUGCAUCAGAUACUCGGGAAGGAGCUAAUUUCUCGCUCGGAGAUUCACUCGAUGGAAGGCAAGUCGUGGAACGAUAUCAGCAACACCAGGAGUGGCGUGCUCUACUCCAACGAGUGCAUUAAAUCUACGUUCGAACCGGAAACGGAAGUUCUGCUGAAGGCGAGCAUUAAACGGUUGUCUGAUCUGUAAUGAACGUUUCCUGAUCUGGAGCAGGGAAAACCCUGUUAUCAGGUGUAAUUAUGCACAGUUCGGAGGUAUGAUUCUAUUAGCCCGGAGAAUAAAUUGAAUGGUUUGGUUA